UCUGUAGGAUCCGAAGAGAGGAGCCACGAUCAAGCCCAGCUCCAAAGAAGAACGGCCCUCCUGACAAUGUAUCAACGGGGGUCUCCGUUUGCCCUGAAUUUCUAUCCACGCCAGGAGUUGGGAUACUAUGAGUUUGGCCGGGAUCUCUAUACGUUUGUCACGGUGGCAUCGUCCCAUAUCAUGCGCACACUCCAAAAGCCAAAAAAGACCCGACCGACCAAGCGGAAGGUCAACCAUCGGCGAUUCCUGCAGAACCAGAUAUGCAGGAAAUAUGCCAUCAUAGAGGCGGCCACACAGCAACUAGCUGCCACUAUUUUAUCUCAGGAGGCUGAAACAGAAAAUCAGAAGCAACUGUUUAAGAAAACGGAGAUUCCCUCCUCAGGCAGUAUCAGAACUGCACCUACUAAGACCUUGGAGAAAGAACUAUUUGACCCAAUGCAGAAUGAGGUUACUCUGCCGGAAAAUGCUACCAUGGCAGCCACAGAGGUUCCUGGAGAGGGUAGUUUCUUGGGAGUAGCGGAAGCAUAUAUGGCUCCAGAUGGCAACUCCAGCACAGGGGUGAGCAUGGACACGCUAACCGGCGUAUCAGAUGAAAUCGGCACUGUGGAGAAUCUUUUCAAUGACAUUGUAAGGGACGAAGACUUUAUACUGUCUCCAUAUAUGUUACUGCACCCUGGGGACACAUCGGUCAUUCAGGUUCAGAACUUAGAAAAAGAACUUGAAUGUGAAAUCCCUAUGCAGACUGGAUACAUAGUGUGUGAGAAUAACAUUGCCUCCUGGCUUCCAGAUGUUCUAGAUAGGACAAUGGAGCAACUACCACUGCUGAAAAUGGCACCCAACUCGCUGAUCAAACAUAAUGCUGCACAUAGUUCUUUGUUAGCCAACUCUGCCGACAAUUCAGAAAUAUCCACUAUGGCCUCACAUGACUUUCUUCUAUCUGACUCAGCUCUGCACAAUAUCAAUGAGUCAGAAGAAAUGCACUUUGUUCAAGAGGCUUGCAGCCAGAAACAAAAUACCUGUGAAAACCAUCAAAUCUCUCCUUCCAGUUAUUCAGGUUCCUUUUGUCUCCAAACACAAGCAGAGAUGGACAUGUUGUAUUCCUCUGCGGGGGACUCAUUUAGGACCUGGGACCUGAAACCACCACAGAUAGAAAGUCAUGAAGAUGAGGAUGGGACCUUCAGUUUGUACUGUCCUUGUGCAAUAGAACAGAGAGCCCAGAAUCUGAGCCAGGGACUAUUCCUACACCCCCAGGAGAAUGAGGACAAUCCAGGCAACUGUUGCUACAGUAUGGCAAAUUACUAGCAAUGUUCAAAUGUGAUCAAUGUCAUUGGGAUAUUGUAGGGUUGCAAGUCCUGUUUUACUUUAUGAUCCCACAAUACAUGAGCAACAUCAAUGCAGUUAUAACAGUCUGUAGGUUAAAUUGGAAUAAUCAUAAUGGACCUGCUGCUCAACACAAGGAGCUGGAGCCCAGAAGUCCGACAACUGCUGGCUUAAAUGGGUUGUUCACUUUUAAACAUACUUUUAGUGUGCCAUAGACAUUGAUAUUCU